AGAAGAGUAAGCAUGUUGACUGCACUGGUUUUGUUGUGUCUAGGAGCCUUUCUUCUGUACUUGCAGCUGAGAAUUCGGCGACCCAGAAACUUUCCUCCUGGACCUGCACCUGUUCCAAUCUUUGGCAAUUUGCUACAACUGAACCACAUAAACCCAAUAAAAGACUUAGACAAGUUUGCUCAGCACUAUGGAUCAAUCUAUGGGAUAUACAUUGGUUCAAAGCCAGCAGUGGUGUUAACAGGACAGAAAAUGAUUAAGGAGGCACUGAUCACACAAGGGGCUGAGUUUGCCGGCAGAUCAAACAAGAUGAUGGUCAGUCAUGUAACAAGAAGCAAAGGGGUGAUCAUGGCAGAUUAUGGAGAAAGUUGGCGUGAACAUCGUCGCUUUGCUCUGACCACACUGAGGAACUUCGGCCUAGGAAAGAAAAGUAUGGAGCAGAGGAUUCUGGAGGAGGUCAAACAUAUCUGUUUACUACUGGAGGAAUCUGCUGGAAAGCCAAUUGACCCUCAGCAUCUAUAUCACCAAGCUGCCGCAAACAUCAUUGCCUCAAUCAUUUUUAGGUCACGAUUCGAUUAUCAGGAUGAAUAUUUUCAGACAUUGAUCACAACCAUGGAAAAACUUACUAAAAUUGCCAUUGGUCCAUGGGCAAUGCUCUAUGAAAUAGCACCAGUGUUGAGGAUUUUCCCACUGCCAUUCCAUAAAGCUUUUCAGUAUUUUGAGCAAAUCACAAAUCAUGUUCUUAAAGUUGUGGAGGAACACAAGACGUCACGUGUUGCUGGGGAGCCCAGAGACUUGAUUGACUGUUACUUGGAGGAGAUGAACAGGAGAUCAGAUCAACACACCACAUUUGAUGAGUCGCAGAUGGUCACUUUGCUGUUUGACCUGUUUAUUGCUGGAACUGAAACAACCUCUAACACACUCCGCACUUUAACUCUCUAUUUGAUGACUUACACUCAUAUACAAGAGCAAUGUCAGCGGGAGAUCGAUGAAGUCCUUGGUGCUCGUGAUCAUGUCACAUAUGAGGACAGAAACGCCAUGCAUUUUGUUCAAGCAGUGAUUCAUGAGGGUCAGCGUGUUGCUGAUAUUGUUCCUCUUAGUAUGUUUCACACCGCCAGAACUGACACUCAACUCCGAGGCUACAGCAUCCCAAAGGGGACAAUUAUCAUCCCGUAUCUGUCAUCUUCUCUCAGAGAGGAAGGUCAGUGGAAGUUUCCACAUGAGUUCAACCCUCAAAACUUCCUGAAUGAAAAAGGAGAAUUUGUGAAGAAUGAUGCAUUCAUGCCUUUCUCUGCAGGUCCUCGUGUGUGCUUAGGAGAGAAUCUAGCCCGCAUGGAGCUCUUCCUCAUUCUGGUCACUGUGCUGCGGAAAUUUCGUCUGGUCUGGCCGAAGGAUGCAGGAGAACCGGACUUCACAUAUAUAUAUGGAGGGACUCAGUCACUGAAACCUUACCCUAUGAUUGUAGAGCUGCGGACGCCUGGAGAGACCCAUGAAUAUGCUAAGUGAACAUAUUUGUGUCACACUGUAAACUAUCACGAAGACACCAUUUAAAAUACUAUAAAGUAGUUUAUAACGCACAAAACCUUUUGCUUAUAACACACAAUACACUAAAAUGUGACUAACAUAAAAGCCAUGUACAGUAUGACAACUUCUACAGACAAUAAUGACAAAAAAACACCUUUGCAUUACAUGAUUAAGGUCAUUGUUUAAUUGUGUUUGCUAAUUUAUGAAACUACAUCACAAAUGAAACAGUAUUUCUAUCAUAUUUGAAAAGCUAUCAGUUAAAUGCUAGUGGCUGGAUCUUUAGCUGUUGUAACAGUUAGCCGCUUACAACACAUUGAAAAGGUAGCAAACAAAAACCUGCUUAAAUAUUAUUGUGCUGCUAUAGUCAAUUAGUCAAAUGGAAUUUCGUAUUUAUAUACCUUAAGAAUUCUAGCCUAAAAUUAAAUUUGUUAAAAAUAUAUUUUAUACUUUUUACAUAUGUGCAUGUAACAACAAAGACUGUAACAAAUCAGUUUGAAAAUCAGUGAAGUUGUUCUUCAAGUUCUCAUGGUGACAGCUGAUCUUUUAUUAAUGUGUUUUGUUUGGCAGAACAUGCCUCUGUAGUUCUCCAUGUUUGAUCAACUUCUAUAAUGGAUUAUUUUCACAUUUAAAUAAAGCUGCAACAAGAUACAAAA